UCUCGUUUGUUAUGACACCGAACGGCCUCAUCUCGCGUCAACACACCUACGAACAGCUCGUCCGCGCACUCCCGCGACGUCCAUUCCCGACUCGUCUCUCGUCAGUGUCCUCCCGCGUUUCGCCAGAAAUUUCACACGUCCUCGUGCGUCCCCAAAAACCCUCCUCUCCGCUCGAGAUCCCCGCGUUUUUCGGAUUUUUGUGCGCGCGGGUUCGCAGUUCGGUUCGCUGCAGGCGCCUAAAUGAAAAACGGUUGGUUUUCCAAGGUGUCCGAAACGCGCGACCAGGUGAUUAGCCCGAUUUUCCGGUUGGUCAAGGUUUUGGGCGUCCGGCGCGCCGUGCGGGAACUCCUCUCGCGGCUCGGGGCCUGGGAUGUUCUGAGUUUCGGCUCCCUCAACCGUAGUUUCCGGGCCUUGGUGCAGCAGUUGCGGGUGGCGCAGUAUCUGCCGAUCUUGCGGAAUGGAGCUGUUGGGGAUUAAGUUCGCGCCACUGUUCGUGCCGAUGGAGCGGCGGCUGCAGACCCUGGCGGCGGCCGCGUGGUUCAUCCUCUUCGUCUUCGGCGGUUUCGUCGGAUGGAUCCUCGUCUACCACGUCCUCUUCACCCGAUUCUACCCCCUCGCCAUUCUCUACCUCCUCUGGAUGGCCUAUGACCAGAAGGUCUACAUCCACGGCGGCCGCAGGUCUGAGUGGGUGCGGAACUGGAGCUGCUGGCACUACAUGCGGGAGUACUUCCCGAUCGGGCUGGUGAAGCUGGAGGACCUGCCGGCGGACAAGAACUACCUGUUCUGCGGCUACCCGCACGGCAUGCUCUGCAGCGGGGCUUUCGGCAACUUCGUGGCCGCCUCGCCCGAGUUCAAGCGCCUCUUCCCCGGACUCACCACCUACCUCCUCACUCUCAACGUUCACUUCAACAUGCCCAUCUUCCGCGAGCUCCUUCUUUGCUUAGGAAGCUGCUCAUCGUCGCGGGAGAGCAUGACGUACCUGCUGGGCCACCCGGAGAAAGGCAAGGCGGUCGUGCUGAUGGUCGGCGGGGCCUCCGAGUCCCUCUACUGCCACCCCGGCUCCUACAAGAUCAUCCUCAAGCGACGAAAGGGAUUCAUCAGGGUCGCACUCGAAACCGGUGCUCCUCUAGUGCCCGUCUUUUCGUUUGGGGAAACGGAUGUGUUUGACCAAGUGUCCAACCCGCCCGGCUCCUGGCUCCUGUGGCUUCAGAGCACGCUUAAGAAGGUUUUGGGCGUGGCGCCAUGCAUACCCCUGGGUCGAGGCAUCUUUCAGUACUCCUUUGGCAUCGCUCCCCGGCGAACCCCCAUCACAACUGUUGUUGGGAGACCAAUCAUGUUACCGCAGGAGCCGAACCCUUCGAGCGAGCUCGUGGACAAAUACCACAAGAUCUUCAUGGAGGAACUUAUGGAGCUCUUCGAGACGCACAAGGGCAAGUACCUCGAGGACCCGAAAACCAAGCUGAUCAUCGAGUGAUACCCUUUCUCCAGAGGCUUUGACCGAGCCCGCAAAUGCUAGUCAUUACCUCCACCAAUACCUGUGAUACCAGUAUUUAUACCGCCCGCUCAACAAAAGGGCUCCAUCAAAAUUAGCUUCUAAUUAAUUUUAGAAAGAGCGAAACUCCCGGCGUGAUAACAAAAUGCGCGAGGCGACAUUUGCACGAGGAUGCUUGUUAUAUGUAGUUUUAAGAAUCGUUGUCACGAGAAUUUUAUUUAGUUUUAGCUUUCGUUUCGAAUUUUAUUGAUUUUUUUAGUGGGUCAGUUAUCAGUGUUGUUGAUAAUAUUUUUAAUAACGCUCCAGUGUAUGAUUCUAUCAUAAUAUACCGUCACGAAGUGUCCGACAAGUGAAACGGCGGAUGUAAGAACCGAAGAUAACUAUUAUCUGAUGAACCGCGUAAGACAUAAGACUAUUUAUGUUUUAUGCGGCUCAUCAAAUAAUGGACAUAAUCGAUUUUGACAUCCACCGAUCCUGUUUUGAAAUAUCUCCAAAAUGCACGAAGUUCACGCAAAUAGAACUAUUUCCCAUUGCUUUAAGGAUAAGAUGUAAUCAAUUGAAUCCUUUUUGGGACUUGGCAACUUUCGACGAGAAUUUGGUUCCGCGAGAAAACAUUUUGUUGCGAUUGUAUUUAAAAAUAUAUUUUAGUAUUAUUUAUCAUGAGAUAACCUCUUGAAAUGGUGGCAGCUUGGCUGCAUUUUUCGAAUUCAAAGGAAUCUCAAUACUCUUGUUUGUCCUACAAUGUCUCUUUUUUAUUGAUAGUUUUAAAUAUUUUCACCAUUAGAUGGUAAAGUAAGUGUAAAUUACAUAAAUUCCUACGAUGUGAUUUUUUCGAGUUGAAUGAAACUCAAACUUCAUUAUUUUCGUGCUAUUUUUAUUGUUGUUUUCAUCGUCGCUGUAUUUAUUUUACGAAAAAAUUGAAUGUAAUAUAAAAGUCAAUAAAAGUAUGGAAAUCUUUCGAUGAAAAA